AUGGCGGAGGUGGUAGGCGCCGCCGCCGCUGUUGUCCAGUUCGUGGACGUAGCUCUCCGACUUUCAUCCUGUCUCGAACGCUUCUGCUCAGAUGUGCGCAACGUGCCGCGCCGUUUUCUUCAGCUGCAGACCGACCUACGUCAGCAAAUCGAGAUCGCCCAACAGAUCCAGAAUCACCGCUUGCCUGGUUUCGCGACGGCAGUGGCGUCCUCGACUUUUGACACGCCUCUAGCUGAGUACGUUGAUCUCGCUGAGGAGUUGUGUAAGACGCUGGAAGAUCUACUUGGCCGUAAGAAUGAUGGCGCUUUGCGACGAGGCUGGGAUGCUAUUUGUUCCGUCCGUAAGAAAGAAGAGGUGGCAAACAUAUGCGAUCGACUCGAACAGAAGAAAAGUACGCUCUCCUUGUGGCUGGAAGCAGCGAAUCUCAAGCUCACAUCGAGUAUUGCGGCGACCACAGACCAGACGCAGCUUGAUGUCAUAGAUACCCUGACCCUCAUCAAGACAGUUGACAACACGUCGAAGAAUAUCGCAACAAACACAGUACAGCUACUUCCUCACAUCGAACAGAUCGACCGAACCAUAGCAACCACAUCCAUCAGAACAGAAAGCAUUUUACACGAUACCCAACGCCUCUUGACAGGAUACAAUGCGGAUGCAUCGACACGCGAGUCGAUUCACCAAAGCACGACAAUGAUUUUGGCAAAUACAGAGCAGAUCAUGGCGGCCAUCGAAAAGUUGACCCUGACCCCGGGCAAACACAGCCCCCACGCACAACCCGGCUACGUUACGGACCGCAUGUAUGUCGGCUCCUCGGCAAGCCAGCAAGUUCAGCAAAGCACGGUAAACCAUCGCCGUAGACCUCAAAGAUGCAAAUGCCGUACUGUCAGUACUGCACGUCGGUGGCAGCCGUUGUCCAUCCUUCGAUUUACACGAACUUUCCGAACGCAACACUUCUCAUACUGUCCGGAUUACCGAAACUCGGAGCAAAGCCUUGAGGUUACCAUGCAGAUUGUUCCUCCUUCGUGGCUUCUUUACCAUACCAUCGACUUUGGUACUCGGGUAAGGAACUGGUCAACUAUGAACCAAUUCUCAGUCAGUCCAAUCGUAAUCGGUACAAGCCGACUUGUUGAUUCGCAGAUGUCACCUGCAUUUCUUGCGAUCGCGAACACUGACAACGAGCUCAGUGAGCUUAAACACCCUCAACUCACUUGUCGUCACCCUCACGUUGUGGCUCAGCUCCACAACACUCUGCAACGGAUAUUCGACGACGGAGAAGCUUCAGCCCUCGACGUAGACAGCGAUGGCCGCACCGUCUUGAACGUAAGUCUUCACAGUUGA